AAAAAUGUAUAUACUUUGAGCUUGAACACUUCUCCAUUUUUUUUCUAUGAAAUUCGUCUAAUCUUCCUCCGAUGGCGAACCAGUCUUCGUCCAAUCCAAUCCUUUGCGCUUCGUUCAAUCAGGACUCCAGUUGCUUUGCGAUUGGCACAAAAGAUGGGAUCAAAAUAUUUGAUUCUAAUACCGGUAGACUCUGUUACGAACGAGCCAUUGGGGCUUUCAGUAUUGUUGAAAUGCUGUUCACCUCUAGUCUACUAGCCAUUGUUGGAGCUGGUGAACAGCCAUCGUUAUCCCCUCGCCGUCUCUGUUUGUUCAAUACAAUGACUGGAGCUGCUCUCCGAGAAUUGAAUUUCUUAACUUCAAUACUAGCCGUUCGCAUGAAUAAGAAAAGGCUUGUUGUCGUUCUGCAAGAGAAGACGUAUAUAUAUGACAUUAAUAGUCUAGCAAUCUUGGACACCAUUGACACAGUGCCAAAUGUAAAAGGACUUUGUGCGUUCUCCCCUAGUUUGGAUGGUUGCUUCGUUGCUCUUCCUGCUAGCACUACCAGAGGAUCCGUGCUGUUGUACAAUGUUAUGGAGCUGCAUUCACAUUGUGAGAUAGAUGCUCAUCGUUCUCCAGUGGCUGCAAUGGUUCUUUCUUCAAAAGGGAUGUACAUAGCAACAGCUUCUGAGCAGGGAACUAUAAUCAGAGUUCAUCUAGUUUCUGAUGCAACUAAGUCUUAUAGCUUUCGGAGAGGGACAUAUCCUUCAAAUAUAUUUUCGUUGUCAUUUGCGCCAUCUGUGGAGCUGCCAGAUAUUCUGGUGGCUACAAGUUCUUCAGGUUCAGUUCAUGCAUUCUCUCUUGGAUUUGCUUUAUGUCAGAGGAGAAAGCUUUCGAAGUCGAGUGGCACUCACUGGACAAAGCCACUAAGAGGAUUCUACACAGUGGCGAUGACAUCAAGGAGGGAGUCUUUGAGUGUGUAA